AUGUCAUCUGUUAAAGUUGCCGUUCGUGUUAGACCAUUUAAUUCUAGAGAAAUUUUAAAUGAUUCAAAAUGUGUUUUAAGUGUUCAAAAUAAUACAACAACAAUUUCUGGAUCAAGUGGAAUUGGUCCACCUCAAACACAUAGUUUUAAUUAUGAUUAUUCAUAUUGGUCAUUUAAUAAAAAUGAUAAUCAUUUUGUAUCACAAAAACAAGUAUAUAAUGAGUUAGGAGUUGAAAUGUUAGAACAUGCAUUUCAAGGAUAUAAUGUUUGUAUAUUUGCUUAUGGGCAAACUGGUGCAGGAAAAAGUUAUACUAUGAUGGGAAAACCAAAUGAUGAAGAUGAGAUGGGAAUUAUUCCAAGAAUGUGCAAAGAGUUAUUUGAUAGAAUACAUGAGACAGAAAAAAAUGAUCCAAAUAUUAAACAUAGUGUUGAAGUAUCAUAUAUGGAAAUAUAUUGUGAGCGUGUACGUGACUUAUUAAAUCCUUCAAAUACAGGAAAUUUACGAGUUCGUGAGCAUCCUUUACUUGGUCCAUAUGUUGAUGAUUUAACAAAAUUAGCUGUUUGUUCUUAUCAAGACAUAACAGAUUUAAUGGAUGAAGGAAAUAAAGCUAGAACAGUAGCUGCCACAAAUAUGAAUUCUACAUCAUCUAGAAGUCAUGCUGUAUUUACAAUUGUAUUAACACAGCAAAGGCAUGAUAUUGAGACAAAUUUAGACACAGAAAAAGUAAGUAAAAUUAGUUUAGUGGAUUUAGCUGGAAGUGAAAGGGCAACAUCAACUGGAGCUGAGGGACAAAGAUUAAAAGAAGGGGCUAACAUUAAUAAAAGUUUAACAACAUUAGGAUUAGUUAUAUCAAAACUUGCUGAAGAGGCAACAAGAAAAAAAGGAAAACCAAAAAGUGUUAUACCAUUUAGAGAUUCUGUUUUAACAUGGUUACUUAGAGAAAAUCUUGGAGGAAAUUCAAAAACAGCCAUGAUUGCUGCAUUGUCACCGGCUCAUAUUAAUUUUGAAGAAACUUUAAGUACAUUACGAUAUGCUGAUAGAGCUAAACAAAUUAUGUGCCGUGCUGUUAUUAAUGAAGAUCCUAAUGCUAAAUUAAUAAGAGAAUUAAAAGAAGAAGUAUUUAGACUUAAAAAUUUAUUACAAACAAAAGGAAUUGAAGUUGAUGAAAUUGGUCAAACAGAAUGUACAAAAAGAAAAAGUAAACUAUAUUCAGCAAAUGAUAAAGAUACUAUUGAACAAUUAAAAACAUCUGAAAAAUUGAUAGCACAAUUAAAUGAAACAUGGGAAGAAAAAUUAAAGAAAACAGAAGAUAUUCGUAGAACACGAGAAGAAGAAUUACGUGAAAUGGGUCUUGCAACAACAGAAGAUGGAUCAACACUUGGUGUUUUUUCACCAAAAAAAUUACCACAUCUUGUUAAUUUAAAUGAAGAUCCAUUAAUGUCAGAAUGUUUAUUAUAUUAUAUAAAAGAAGGUAAAACAAAAGUAGGUAGAAAUGAAGCUAUUCCAAGGCCGGAUAUAAUAUUAGGUGGUGAAGAAAUUUUAAAUCAUCAUUGUACAUUUGUUCAUGAAGAUGGUUGUGUUUGUUUGGUACCAGAUAAAGGAGCAGAAUGUUUUGUUAAUGGAAGACCAGUUACAAAUUCUGUUACAUUACAUACAGGAUCACGUGUUAUAUUAGGAAGAAGUCAUGUUUUUAGAUAUAAUGAUCCUCAAGAGGCACGUCAAAGUAGGCAUAAUUUGUCAAAUCUUCAAAAUGAACCAUUAGAUUGGAGGUAUGCUCAACAAGAACUUUUAGAAAAACAAGGUAUUGACUUAAAAGAAGAAAUGGAAAAAAAGAUUAUUGAAAUUGAGGCAACUUAUCGUAAGGAAAGAGCUGAAUUAGAAAGAAAAAUGGAAAUGAAAACACUUGAAUAUGAAAGUAGAAUUGAAAAUUUACAAAGACAGGUUGAUUUAGCGCAAAGUAUGAUAUCAUCAAACUGUUCUAAUUGGGAAGGUGAACGUAUAUUAUCAUCAAGUUUAUUAGCUGAAAUUAAUGAACCUCGAUGGACAAUAGAAGAGGAAAGAGUUGCUCGUAAAGCUGCAAUAAAAUGGAGAUAUCAUCAAUUUACAUCAGUUAGAGAUGAUUUAUGGGGAAAUGCAAUAUUUUUAAAGGAAGCUAAUGCUAUAGCUGUUGAAUUAAAAAAACAAGUAGAAUUUCAAUUUGUUCUUUUAACUGAUACAAUGUAUAGUCCACUUCCACCUGAUUUAUUACCACCAGGAGAAGAUUUAUCAUUAAGACCAUACCCAAAGACAGUUGUUGCUGUACAAGUACAAGAUUUAAGAAAUAGUGCUGUACAUUAUUGGAGUAUUGAAAAAUUAAAACAAAGAUUAGAAGAUAUGAGAAGAAUGUAUAAUUCUGAUAUAAGUGAAUGUUGUACACCAGAAAAACCUUUUAAUAAUCCUCAAGAAAUGUGGUCACCAUCAUGUGUAUCAAAAAGUUUAUUAGGUAAUAAUACAUGUUCAAUGGAUGAUGUAUGUGUUAUGGAUUCACCAAUUGAUGAUUCAGGUAUGGAUUUUAUAAUAGGAACAGAUCCAUUUUAUGAUAGAUUUCCAUGGUUUAGAAUGAUUGGAAGAGCAUUUGUUUAUCUUAAUAAUUUAUUAUAUAAUGUUCCUAUGAUUCAUAAAGUUGCAUUAGUUUCUGAGAAAGGUGAUGUUAAAGGAUAUCUUAAAGUAUCAAUUGAAAUAAUAGAAAAACCAACUGAUGGUAGAAAAAGUUCAAAACUUAAUUUUAGAAAAGAAGAUUUUUUAAAAAAAGGUAAACGUUGUCAGACAGAUUCAUAUCGUAAAGGAAAUGGUGCAUCAACAAAUGAUAGAACAGAUGAUGAAAAAGAAGAAGAAAUAAUUGUUGAAUAUCCAUCACAUAUUAAAAAAGAUUCUGAAAUAUUUUUUAAAGUAACUGUUUUAGAAGCUAUAAAUGUUCCAAAAGUUUACAGUGACAUAUUUUGUCAAUUUAAUUUUCUUCAUCGUCAUGAUGAAGCUUUUUCAACAGAACCAACAAGUAAUGGUAGUGGUAAAGGAUCUCUUACAUUUGGUCAUGUACAAAAUAUGCAUACUAUAGCUAAUCCUGCUUUUGUUUAUUAUCUCAAUCAUUUUCCACUUAUUUUCGAAGUUUUUGGUCAUCUUAUUAAAACAAAUAAACAAAAUUCUAUUGAACCAUCAACACCUUUAUCAAGAAGAUUAUCAUCUAAACUUACUUUUCAACAACCAUCAUUAGUUAUAUCAACACCAGUUAAAAGUUUUAAAAGUGGUUUAUCACCAUCAUUAACACCAAAUCAUAUAAAAACAAAGUAUGAUUUACUUGUUUGGUUUGAAAUAUGUGAACUUGGUAGUACUGGUGAAUAUGUACCAGCAAUUGUUGAUCAUGCUAAUGGAUUACCAACACAUGGUGUUUUCCUUCUUCAUCAAGGUAUUCAAAGAAGAAUUAAAAUAACAAUAUGUCAUGAGAAAGGUGAUUUAAGAUGGAAGGAUUGUCAAGAGUUAGUUGUUGGUAGAAUAAGAACAACACCAGAAUGGUGUGGUGAAGAUAUUGAUGUUUUAAGUUUAGGAUUAUUUCCAGGAACAUUUUUAGAAUUUUCAAUGGAUGAUAGAAUAUUUUUUCAAUUUGAAGCUGCUUGGGACAGUUCAUUGCAUAAUUCAGCUUUGCUUAAUAGAGUUUCAAAUUAUGGUGAUCAAAUUUAUAUGACAUUAUCUGCUUACAUGGAAAUUGAAGGUACUCAUCAACCUGUUGUUAUUACAAAAGAUUUAAGUCUUCUUAUCUAUGCUAGAGAUUCAAAAAUAUCUGCUGCUAGUAGAUUUUGUCGUUCUUUGGUUGGUGGAAUUAGUAAAAGUCCUGAAAUGAAUAGAGUUCCAGGAGUUUAUCAACUAUCACUUAAAGAAUUCACCGAUACAGGUAGUCCAGGUACAAUAAGAAGACAAAGACGAGUACUUGAUACUUCGUCAACCUAUGUUAGAGGUGAAGAAAAUCUAGGAAACUGGAGACCACGAGGUGAUUCUUUAAUUUUUGAACAUCAAUGGGAACUUGAAAAAUUAUCUAGACUCCAAAAUGUUGAAAGAGUAAGAUUAUUUUUAAGACUUCGUAAUACUUUAAAAAAAAUGAAAGGUAAAAAAGAUGAUAUUGAAACACCAAUUUCACCAACAACACCAAAAUAUCCAAUUCCUAAUAUUGUAAAAAUUUCAUCAAAAGAAAGAAAAAUUUUAGAAAAAGUUAUAAAACUUAUAACACAAAAAAUUCCAGUUAAUAAAGAAUCACCAACUGGUAAAAAUGUUGAUUCAUCAGAACAAGAUAGUUCACUUGGUAGUAGUAUUACAAGUCCUGAUGGAGAAAUUAAUGGCUCAAUAAAAUAUUCACCAUCAUCUGAUCUUUUAAAUAAAAAUAAAUCAAAAUCAGUACAAAAUUUAUUAACUGAUGACUUGUUAAAUGAUAGUAUGCGUCGUUCUGUUAGUGGAAGUCAAUUAUCUCAAAUGUCAGCAUUAGUACCAGACGUAGUUGAAGAAAGGGUUGGUAUUGUUGUUUCAAAGAAAGGAUACAUGAAUUUUCUUGAAGAAAAAACUCAUGGAUGGAUAAAGAGAUGGGUUGUUGUUAGAAGACCAUAUAUUCUUCUUUAUAGAGAUGAAAAAGAUUUAGUUAUACGUGGAAUUAUUAAUCUUGCUAAUGCACAAAUAGAAUAUUCUGAAGAUCAUGAAGCAAUGAUAAAAAUACCACAUACUUUUACUGUUCGUACUGAUCAUCGUAGCUUUUUAAUGCAAACAUUAUCUAACGAUGAAUUUCAAAUUUACGAUUGGUUGUAUGCUUUUAAUCCACUCCUUGCUGGUCAACUAAAAUGUAAAUCAAGUGUUUUAAGCACUAAAGUCCCAACAAAAAAUGACUAA